AUGGAGAAAUACAGAAAGUACGCCGACGCCGCCACUGGCAUCAACCCCUUCGCGCAGGUGCGCACGCCCACCGGACUCUCCGUUGCUGUGGCGGUGCUGCUCUUCCCACUGCGUCUUGUGAGUGCGUCCCUCGUCGCGCUGCUGCUGUUGCUCGUUGUGGACGUGCUGGCGUAUGCCUUCUUCCUCCUCCCCGGCCUCUCGCUGGUGUCACGCCUGCUGCUGGCCCCGUGCCAGCGUGGACUGCUGCGCUGUCUGCUCUUCACCCUCGGCAACAUGGGCGUUGUACGAAAGGUGCCGCGCGGCGGGAGCGGAGGCGCCGCACCGGCAGCCGGAGACGUCGUGGUCGCCAAUAUGCAGUCGGUGUGGGAUAUGUGCGUGCUUGAGGUGGCCGCGCAGAUGCCGUGCUGCGUGGUCGCCUUCUACGUUGGAGGGGCAGGCGAUAAGGUCGUUGCUGGUGGUGUCGGUGGUGGUGGUGAUGAUGAUAAUAAGAGAAGGAAGCGCGACGACGCGGCUGCGUUGUAUGUGCUUGAGCCGUCCCCGCUGCAGCGGUGGCGAGCGUGGCGGCACGUUUACCGCACUGCAUCACUGGACUUCCUGCACUCUGUAGUGGUAGAGAAUAGCAACAGCAGCACCAGCAACCAUAGCAGCGGUGGUGCUGUCGUUGAUCUAACCCCAGUGCAGCAGCGCUGCCAGCGCCUCGGUGUGCCCCUCGUGUUCUUCGCUGAAGGGAGCUGCACGAAUGGCAAGGGCAUGCUGAAUAUUCCCCCAUUUUGCACAGCAGCGCCGCCACGGCGAGUGUUUGUCAGCGCCACGGACUACGACACAACGGCAGUGCACACAAUUGUGCACCCACGCCACGUUGUGUCGCUCCUCUUUGCGAUGGGUGCGUCGCUGUACGGGAGCCGUGACCCCGCGGGGUACAGCCCGCCGUUCCCCACCGCCACUGUUAGUCUGGUGGCGGUAGCGGAGAGUGCCGCAGCAGGAGGAGCAGGAGCGGCGGCGGGGGUGGUGAUUGAUGUUGCAAGGGUGCGUCAGGCGUUGUGCGCUGCGUCCCGGUCGAGGCGCCCGCUGGCUGUUGGGCUGCGUGAGAAGUGCGGCUUCGUGCAGGCCUCCACCGCCCAGUCGGCGGGUGGCAGCUAG